UUUUCUACAUAAAAAAUCGGCAAAUUUUUUGCUUAGCCUGACAAAAGGGGUAUUAUAUAUAUAGGACGGGGCAACUUGUAAACUCGGGCAGCCAUGGAGAAGUUCCUUCUUUCCUUCUCAUCGGUACCAACUACAAGCGCCGGCAUCCUCGCCGUCAUCUUUUUCCUUUACUACGCGUUGCGCACAUCAAAGCGAACCCAAAACAAGGCACGUGACCAAGAGAAACCAGCGCCCGAGGCCGCCGGGGGAUGGCCGGUGAUCGGCCACCUCCAUCUCCUCGCAAGAUCCCAACUCCUCCACAGAGUCCUGGCGAAAAUGGCCGACAAGUACGGUCCCAUCUUCACCAUAAAGCUGGGAGUGCACCCAGCCCUGGUCGUAAGCAACUCCGAACUCGCCAAGGAGUGCUUCACCGUAAACGACAAAGCCUUCGCCAACCGUCCAAAGUCCGUAGCCAUUGAACUCAUGGGUUACAACUACGCCUUGUUCGGGUUCGGCCCUUACAGCCCCUACUGGCGCCUUCAGCGCAAGAUAGCCACCCUCAAGCUUCUCUCCGCCCAGCGGCUCGAAACCCUCCGCCACAUCCACGAAUCCGAAGCGAAGGCUUCCAUCAAAGAGAUUUACCGAAGGUGGGAACAGAACGCAUCCACGGCCGGUGGUGGCAGUUCCAACGCGCUGGCGGUGGAGAUGAAGCAGUGGUUUUGGGACAUAGCGCUAAAUACGGUGUUCAGAAUAAUGGCGGGGAAGCGAUUUAACGAUCAGGAUGGUGAGUAUGCGAAGAUAUUUAGGGAUUUUUUGGAAUUGACUGGGGCGUUCGUGGUGGCGGAUGCGCUUCCAUUCCUGAAGUGGUUGGACUUGGGAGGACAACAGAGGAGGAUGAGGGAAACUGGGAGGCGGCUGGACCAUAUUAUGGAGGAGUGGUUGGAGGAGCACAAGCGGAAGAGAGUUGCCGCGGAGGCGGCGCCGACGGAAGAGCAAGAUUUUAUGGAUGUGAUGCUGUCCGUCGUCGACGGCGGAGGAGUGCCCUCCGAUUAUGAUCCUGAUGUUUUCAUCAAAUCUACAUGCCUGGCUCUCGUGUUGGGGGGCUCCGACACCUCAACUGUGACGCUGGUAUGGGCUCUCUGCUUGCUCCUCAACAAUCCCCACACCCUAAAGAAGGCCCAACAAGAAUUGGACACCCAGGUUGGGAGACAGCAACAACUACAUGGAACUCAUAUCAAACACUUGGUAUAUGUCCAAGCCAUCAUCAAGGAGACCAUGCGCCUAUAUCCUGCAGCACCUCUAGGAGCACCUCACGAAUCCAUAGAAGAUUGCAUCGUCGGUGACCACCACGUCCCUGCUGGCACACGCCUAGUGGUGAACCUAUGGAAGGUUCACCGAGACCCGCAAGUGUGGCCCGAUCCAGAUGAGUUUCGACCGGAGAGAUUUUUGACAACCCACAAGGAUGUGGAUGUGAGGGGGCAGAAUUUUGAGUUGAUCCCGUUUAGCAGCGGCAGAAGAAUGUGCCCUGGAGUUUCUUUUUCUCUUCAGGUUACGCAUUUUAUACUGGCCAAUUUGCUACAUGGGUUUGAGAUUGCGACUCCAGACGACAACCCAGUUGACAUGGGGGAGUGCUUUGGGCUAACCAUGGCUAAGGCAACACCGCUGGAAGUCCUCCUCUCUCCUCGCCUGCCUUCUCACCUAUAUGUGUAAGGUAAUUUGCCAGUUGGUGAUAGUGUCAAUUAGAAGAUUUUAAGUCUCCAGUCGCUUGCUUAGUGUUUAAUAUUUUAGCUUUGAGAUCAUUUUGAAUUGGGUCAAUUUAAAUAAAGUGUAAUAUAAAGUUAUAUUUAACUUUUAUAAUUUUUUCAUAAAUUCAAAUUGAACAUUCCAAA